CACAUCGCCACAUUAUUGACAGAAGUCACUGAUUUCGAAGACCUAUCGAUGUGUCUGACGGGCUUGUUUCAUCCACCCAUUCCUCUAUUCCGCUUCUCCGCACUACCAAACCCCGGAUCAUGGUACGAUCGAGAUUGAUACUGUGUUGCAGAGAGGCGACGACUCCUCACGACUUUCACAUCAGCAGAGCCCGAUUCCGUGUCGGCCGAAUCGAGCGAGGAUGAGGACUUGGACAUGACUCGGUCAGAGUUCGGGGAUGGUGCGCUGCGAAGAUAUAAAAAGGCUACUGUGUUGCUGUCUGUCUCUCUCUAUUAUCAGCAUCACCGGUACAACAAGCCUAGCAAAGCAUCACUGCUCUCAUCAAUCAACUAUAUCCAUCGCCAUGGCCCCCGUUCUCAAGAAGUACAAGGCUGCCGCCGUCAACGCCGAGCCUGGCUGGUUCAAUCUGGAGGAGUCCACUCGCCGGACCAUCCACUGGAUCAACGAGGCCGGAAAGGCUGGCUGCAAGUUCAUUGCCUUCCCUGAGCUCUGGAUCCCUGGAUACCCCUACUGGAUGUGGAAGGUGACCUACCAGGAGAGCCUCCCGCUCCUCAAGAAGUACCGCGAGAACAGUCUCGCCUCGGACUCGGAGGAGAUGCGCCGCAUCCGUGAGGCGGCACGCGCUAACAAGAUCUUUGUCUCGCUGGGCUACUCGGAGCUGGACCUGGCCAGCCUGUACACGACGCAGGUGAUGAUCUCCCCAGAGGGAGAGAUCAUCAACCACCGCCGCAAGAUCCGCGCCACCCACGUCGAGCGCCUGGUCUUCGGAGACGGCACCGGCGACACCACCGAGUCGGUCAUGCAGACGGAGAUCGGCCGCAUCGGCCAUCUGAAUUGCUGGGAGAACAUGAACCCCUUCAUGAAAGCGUACGCCGCCUCGCUGGGUGAGCAGGUCCACGUUGCUGCCUGGCCCCUAUACCCCAAGACCCAGACCCGCCAGCACCCUGAUCCGGCGACCAACUAUGCCGAAUCGAAUGCAGAUAUUGUCACCCCCGCCUACGCCAUCGAGACGGGCACUUACACUCUCGCCCCGUGGCAGAUGAUCAGCGCCGAGGGUAUUAAGAUGAACACUCCCCCCGGCAAGGAACUCGACGACCCCAAGCUCUACAACGGCCACGGCCGCAUCUUUGGCCCCGACGGCCAGAACCUGGUGCCCCACCCUAGCACCGAAUUCGAGGGUCUUUUGUUCGUCGACAUUAACCUGGACGAAUGCCACCUUUCCAAGGCUCUUGCUGACUUUGGCGGCCACUACAUGCGCCCCGACCUGAUUCGCCUGUUGGUGGACUCCAAUCGCAAGGAUCUCGUCGUGCAGGAAGACCGUAUCAAUGGUGGAGUGGCGUACACUCGCACUGUGGACCGUGUGGGACUGUCAACUCCACUGGAUGCCCCUGGGUCUGCUGAGGAGAACUAAGGGGGACGAGCUGAGCGGG